CAGGCCACCUCCAAGGGUCCGGCCAGCGGUGCUGCCUUCUGUUCUUUCCGCUCGUCGGUGUGCUUGUCCACGGUGCUGCUGGCGGAAGCCCAGGGGGUGAGCGAUGCAGCUACGAUGGCCUUGGUCGUCCGAGCCUUGCUCAAUGCGCUGGAGACGCCUUCGGCGAAGAACGCCUCCCGUGCGCCAGGGGACGAGGAGAGCCUCAUGCAGGUGGCGCGCCAGAUCUGCCUGGCGCUGCAGCGUCUCCUGCGCCUCGCCGAGGCGGAGGGCUGCCUCAACGACUUCGUGGAGCAGGGUCUUUUGCCUGUGGUCUCGGCCCAGUUCAAUGAGACCUCGCGCAGCACGGACAUGCGGAUGCUGGUGGUGCUGGAGACCCUCUGCGGCGCCUGCGUAGCCUCUGGCGAGGCCUUCCGCAGCAUCGAGACGAAGGUGACGAAGCCCUUGCUUCACAUCUUGGGAAAUUAUCCCAAUGCCAUGGUCCAGCUACACGCGGCGUAUUGCCUGCGUAGCGUGGGGCAUGGCUCACCUCCACAGCUUUUUCAGCUCCUGAGCGUGCUGCUGAACCUGUCCACGGUUCAGAAUGCAGAGGUUCUCGGCACGCCCCUGCGGCGGAAGGAUGCGAACGGCCAGAUGGUCGCAGGCGACACUGCGGUUGCAGCUGCCGCCGCGCACGCGGACCUGCAGCCGCUGGUGCGUGGCCUCUUCGGCUACUGCGCCGCGCUUGCAGCCAUGAGCAGCGAGCUCUACAGCAGCGAGCUUGGCGUGCCCCACGAUGUGACCUCCGCGGUGCUGGGCACUUCCGGGGCCCUGCUGCAGCCCCACCCCUCCGCAGCGAUCUCGGCCCAGCGCCGGAGCUGCGCCUUUCUGCUGCUCGAGGGCCUGAUGUGUCUGGGCUCCGACUGGGUCGGGCAGCGCUUGACGACUCUCUUCGCUUUGUGGAAGACGGCCUUGGGCAAGAAGCCGGUGGACCGCGCCAAGGUGGUGUACCAGGAGCAUGUGGCCGGCGCCAAGGGCUCCGACAGCGUGUGCCGGGACGAGCUUCUGGCGCUGCUCUUCGCGCUGCGGUCCUUGUAUGCCUUCACCUGGCAUUCCAGGGACACUCUCCUCACAACGCUGCCGCACUUGCAUAAGAUCCUGGUGGUCUUUCUGACGAACAUCUCGCAGCUGGUGGUUGCCUUGCCGCACCCGACCUCCUCGAGCUUCCGAGCCAAGUACCGCCAGGAUGCUGGCCAGCCAGGUCGGCCCAUCAUCACCAUGUCCGGCCAGUGCGGCAUCCCUGAGAUCCUCCUCAUGAUCCGGGCAACCAUGUACAAGACCUUUGCCGCUAUGCAGCCAUCCCUGUACUCAUCGCGAUUUGUGCCCCUUCUGAACAUGCUGGCCGACGACGUCACACGGGGGCUCUCUGCGGACUUCCCGGCGGCCGAGCUGGUCUCGCAGUCCCUGCACCGUAUGGACAUCGUGCUGGACUUGGUGGAUGCUCACCUGGAGAGCAGCCGCGAGUGUUCCUCCACGGUCCGGCUGGCGGUGAACAAACUCCUCUCCGCUGGGAAUAUGCUUCACAGUAAAGAGGGAUCGCCGUUCGCCGAGGACCUGGGCUCCGAUCCCGGCGCCGCCUGCAUCUUUGGCAGCUUGAACCGGGAGAGUCCGGGUGGCACGGACUGCAUGCUGACGCCUUGGGACGCCUGGUUCGACUCCACCCAGCACCUCGCAGGCCAGUGCGUGUCCGCGGAGUGGGAUUGGCGCUGUAGCUCUGUCAAGCUUCUGGCCAUCAUCAUGAAUGCGGCAGAGGUGGGUGAGGCUCCGCGAGCUGCGGUGCUGCAGCACCUGUUGAAGCCUCGCAAUGAGGAAGGCGCGGGUCCGGAGCUCCACGCCAUGGCCUCCGUGGCGGUGUUGGCUUACUUGCGCGAGCACGUGCGCGUCCGGGGUCUGAAAGUGGCCCCACCGGCACAGGCCGUCGAACAGGCGCUGCAGCAAUCCCUGGCCGGGCUCAAGCAGAGCAACCCGGUCCUCCGGCGCGUCCACGCGGAGAUCCUCUCCACCUUGUUCUUUGCGCACCACCAGCUGCCCGAGUCCCCCGUGGUGCCGAGCACGCUGCAAUACCUGACCGCGGAGACAUCCAGCGAUGCGAAGGAGGAGAAGUUGCUUGUGGAGCGCUCGUCCAUGGCACUGCUCUGCGGCACGAUUCUCCGUGCCUUCGCUUGGGGCUGGGGCGUGCUGUCGCGAGGAGCAGGCGGUGCGAGGCUUUCACUGUCCCUACAUCAUGAACAUCGUGCCCGCAUUGCUGAAGCUGGCGAAGGAGACGGCGCAGCCGGUGCGCCUUUGGAUGCUUUACGCCUUGCACAUCAGCAUGCAGGCGGCGGGGGGCGCCUUUGCGCCCUUCAUGAAGGACUCCUUGCGGAUGGCCACGGCCCAUCUGCUGGCGGACUUCUUCGAGGCGCCGCUGGUGCUGUGGGUGGUGUCCGAGCUGACCCACUCUGCGGCUUUGGUGCUGCAGAGCGGAGGCUCGGACUCCGAGCGAGAGGAACACCUGCUGGCUGGAAUUUGGCGUGUGCUGCGGCACGUGGAUUACGUCCAGCCCAGCGGCCAUGCCUUUGCCAUGGUCCGGGCCGAGGUGGUGUGCCUGUCCGCAGCAUCUCGUCUUGAGCGGCUGGUGCCUUCCGGCGUGUUGCUGUCCCUGGCGGCCAAGAAGCUUUGCG